AUGAAAGCAGAAAAUAUCAAAAAUGUAAUUAUAAAACAGUUAAUUGCAAAAAAUAUUUCAACAAGUUCUGAUAUUUUGUUUUAUUGGCUAUUUAAGAAACCAUUUAAAAAGAAGAAAUAAGUAGCAAAUUAUGAAUAUAUUCUUUUAUCAGAUGCUAAUUCUUUAUAUGUUUGUUGA